UGUUUUAUAUCUAUACUCUCAAUUUUCCAUUGGUGUAGCGAUCUGCGUGGACACAAUGGAGACGGAGCUGAAAGAGCUUUUUGAGGCAGCCAAAAAAGCCGCCGACGCCGCCGCUGGUGAUGGCGGAGGCGCGGCGGAAGAAGAUCGGUGUAUUGAUGCCUUGAAUGCCUUGAAGAAAUUUCCCGUCAACUAUCAAAUUCUUGUUUCCACUCAGGUUGGAAAGCGUCUUCGUCAAUUAACAAAGCAUCCUAGAAAGAAGAUCCAGUCCCUAGCUGCUGAGCUGGUCGAAAUUUGGAAAAGUAUAAUAGUCAAAGAGACGUUAAAGAACAAGGUAAAUGGAGGCUCAGAUUCCCAGGCAUCUAUGAAGUCCGAGCAUGGAUCAGAUACAUCUAAUAAGAAAGUCCAAAGAGUGAACUCAAUCAAGGUUGAGAAGCAUGGUUACAGUGCCACAUCAUCAUCUUCUUCUGAGAAAAUAGUUAAUGCUGUCAAAGUCGAAAAGCGAGAAAAUACUAGAGUUGGGCAUGAUACGAAAGAAGAAAACAAGAGAAUAAAUAAGUCUACAACAAAUAGUGUGGCUCCACCAAAACUAACUUCCCUUGUUUAUUGCAAGGAUCCUAUAAGAGACAAAGUUCGUGAACUUCUUUCAGAGGCAUUAUGCAAAGUUCACGGGGAGAUUGAUGAUGAACUUAGAGAUGAAGCAGAAGCAUCUGAUCCAUACAGAGUUGCUGUUUCGGUGGAGUCUGCAAUGUUUGAAAAGUGGGGAAGAUCUAAUGGUGCACAGAAAUUUAAAUACAGAUCAAUAAUGUUCAAUAUCAAGGAUCCUAAAAAUCCAGAUUUUAGAAGGAAAGUGUUACUUGGACAUGUGAAGCCAGAAAGGAUUCUGGAAUUGACCCCUGAAGAAAUGGCGAGCACUGAAAGACAAAUGGAGAAUGGGAAAAUAAAGGAGAAAGCUUUGUUUGAUUGCGAACGUGGUUUACCACCUAAGGCUACAACCGAUGAAUUCAAAUGCGGUCGUUGUGGAAAAAGGAAAUGCACUUACUACCAGCUGCAGACUCGGAGUGCUGAUGAACCCAUGACGACAUUUGUAACAUGUGUAAACUGUGACAAUCAUUGGAAGUUCUGUUGAGGAACUACAGCCUGUAAAGUUGAGCAGAGAUCGUUUAAUCUCCUCUGAGCCGGCUUUGUUUCAGGUGAAUUCAGCUUUUAUAUUGUUUUAUUUGAGUUGUUAGAAACGAUUGUUUGUUUGUCAGUUAUAGUUAUAGAUGUAUCAUGUAAGUGUUCAUUUGCGCCUUAAUGUCAUCGAGGCCAUUGUGAUAAGUUACCAUAAUUCAAACAUUCAGUUAUAUGCCAGUACCUCCUUGGACUUAUUUUA